GCUCGGGCUAGGCGGCGGCCGUAGGAUGAGCAGGGGCAGGCUGGAGAAGGGGCCGGCGGCCCAGGCGAAGGACUGAGCAUCGCGGAGAGGGCGAGCGCCGCAGCAGCCGGCAGACUAGACGGGAGCGCUGAAAGGCUGCACAAUGCUGUGGUCCCUCUGGCUCCCACUCCUGUUCCUGGCCCCUUGUGCCAGGGCCGUUCGCCCAUGUUUCCCAGGCUGCCAUUGUGAAGUGGAAACCUUCGGCUUGUUUGACAGCUUCAGCUUGACCCGGGUAGACUGCAGUGGCCUGGGCUCCCACAUCGUCCCGGUCCCCAUCCCCCUGGACACAACGUACCUGGACCUGUCCUCUAACCAGCUGGAGACGGUCAAUGAGUCCAUGCUCACAGGACCAGGUUACACCACUCUGGUGGGCCUUGACCUCAGCUACAACCGCAUCACCAAGAUUUCUUCUACAACCUUCUCCCGGCUCCGAUACCUGGAGUCCCUGGACCUGAGCCACAACUCCUUGGCAACCCUGCCAGAGGAGAGCUUUGCCAGCUCGCCCCUGAGCGAGGUGGAUCUGAGCAGCAACAAACUCACAGAGAUCUCCAUGGACGCCUUUACUUCUCGGGGGCAGGGGAAGCCCCUUAAUGUGGAUCUCUCCCAUAACCUCCUUACCAGGGUGAUUCAGCCCCACCUGGACCGGGGCAUCCCCAACAUCCAGAGCCUCAACCUCUCCUGGAACCAGCUGCAGGAGGUGCCCAACCUGCAGGGUCUCCCUCUGCGCUACCUCAACCUGGACGGCAACCUCCUGGGCAGGGUGCGGGCAGGGGCCUUUGCCGGCUUGAAGGACCUCAUUCACCUGUCCCUCAGCCGGCUCCGGCGCUCUACAGAACUCGCCCCGUUUGCCUUCCGGGACUUGCCGAGUCUCCAGGUUCUAGACUUGUCAGGCAACCCCAGCCUUCAGUCAGCCAAGGCCGAGGUCUUCUCCAGCUUGAACUCUCUUCAGGAGCUGAAUCUGUCGGGCACGGGGCUAGCGGUCCUGCCCGACCGGCUUCUGAAAUACCUCCCAUCUGUCAAGAGCGUCACCCUAGGGAAGGACACCUGGUGCGUCAAGGUGGUCAAAGAAGGCCAGUACCGACGAGAGAUCGGCCGGACCAGAAAGGAAGUCUUGUACUGCCAUGACACGCACGGUGCCGUGGCUAAAGCCCCCUACGUCUUAUGAUAAACAUUACAGAUGUCGCUGAGAGACACGGAAGUAGGGAGGCCCCUGGAGGGUCUGAGGAAGGGUAGGACCCACAUGGAGGUAGAGAGGGAGCAAGAAAAGCUACACCUCCAUUACAGACAGAUACUGAGGCCUACCUUCAUGCCAUGUUUUUGGUAAACCUGUCAAUUUAAUUUAUAUUUAUAUGUGCCAAUACCAGGUCCAACUCCUGAGUGUGUGUGUGUGUGUGUGUGUUUGUGUGUGUGUGUGUUGCCUUUCCACCUGUCCUGAUAUCUCUCUGCCUGGGGGCUCCCCCCACCCCACCCCCGCUGUGGGGCCACUCUUGGUCUCACCCUAAACAAAAGCUCCUCAGGAGUGGGGCUUCUGUCCUCCUAGUCUCCUGCGUAGCACCUGGGACCAGUUAGAGAAUAUUGGGAACCAGCCAUCAGGGCUGAGGUGUGAUGGGAAACAUUCCUGACUCCAACAUGCCCCUGACUUGGACAUCCCCCUUCUGGACUCUGAGCAAAGAGAUGGAGGUCUUCGGGAUGGGUCUGGGGAGACAUCAGAGUUUAGGUGGAAGUUCAGGACAAAGAAAAGAUGGAACUUCUCCAAGGCAAACAAAUGCCCGGGGGCAUCCAACUCAGAUACCCCCUGCCCUACUCCAGCAUUGCCCAUCUCACGUCUCCAACAUUCCCAUUGUUCUUGACUUAGAUGUCCCCUGACUCGGACAUCUUUCGUCCCCCACGCCACCCACAGCCACGUAAUGUAGCCCGUGGCUCGUUUGGUGCCAAAGUGGGCCCCCGAGCCCAUCUCUGCCUAUAUACCCUUGGUGUUUUUCCCAAAGUGCCUUCCCCCAAUGCCUUGACUCAACCUGUGCUCAGGCAUCUUUCUCUUAGGGGGGCUUGUUUUGUUUCAUUUUGUGUUUGUUUGUUUUUUUUUUAAAUAAUGGACAAGCUAAAAGAAUAAAUCAAUAAAGAAGGUAGUCAUACCAAA